AUGGCCCGAGUCCAGCAGCUUCCUGUGGCGGGGCCCGGCGUGGGCUGGCACAGGCCGUGCGCCUCGCCCCUGUUGGGCUGCUUGCAUUUCGGUUGCCCAGCCGCGGCGACGCUGUGGGCAGGGGCAGUGCAGGCGGAGCUGAGGGCCAAACGUACGUGUGUGGUGGCCACGGAGUGGAAGGUGGUGCCCCGAGAGGGUCGCCGUGCCCAGGGGCUGGAUCCCAUGCCGGACAGGCUGGGCAGCACGAUGCGCCUUAAUCCGAGAGGGGAGGGGUGUCUGUCAGAUGGCCCGUUGAUAAGCAGGGUGCAGCCACAAGCUGAGCCCAGUCAGCACGGCAGGCAGUGGCCUGAAGUGGAACCAGGGCGCGAUGGGAGCCGUGUGGGGUGCGGUGACCAGGACUCGCUCAGCAGCAGCCUGAAGACGUGCUACAAGUACCUGAACCAGACCAGCCGCAGCUUCGCCGCCGUGAUCGAGGCGCUGGACGGGGAGAUGCGCCACGCCGUGUGCAUCUUCUACCUGGUGCUGCGCGCGCUGGACACGGUGGAGGACGACAUGAGCAUCAGCGUGGACAGGAAGGUGCCGCUGCUGCUCGACUUCCACACGUUCCUCUACGACCCCGAGUGGCGCUUCAUGGAGAGCAAGGAGAAGGACCGGCAAGUGCUGGAGGACUUCCCAACGUACUGCCACUACGUCGCCGGGCUGGUGGGCAUCGGCCUCUCCCGCCUCUUCUCGGCCUCGGAGUUCGAAGACCCGCUCGUCGGCGAAGACACGGUGUGCGCCAACUCCUUGGGCCUGUUCCUGCAGAAGACCAACAUCAUCCGCGACUACCUGGAGGACCAGGAAGAAGGCAGAGAGUUUUGGCCUCAGGCGGUAGGAGAGCUCCCGGCCCGGGGGGGGGUUACCCUCGGGCAGCGGGGCGGUCACCCAAACCUGGUUACUUGUCUGCUCUCAGUAAUCCUCGAAAUGUCACGGAAGCCCCCGCGCGGCCCUGCGGGCCCCGCCGCCCAGAGCCCGGUGCUGGGCGCCUUUGCAGGGAGGCGGCCUGUGACGGCGGGCCUGGCGCCUCUGCGGCUGGCGUUCCUCCCAGAGGCGCCUGCCCGUCGGGGCCUUUCUAGCCCCCGGUCUGACUUGGGCCGGGGCGGGGGACGGCCGGCCCGGUCGUCAGAGCUGCCCGGGGCUGGUGUGAUCGGGGCGGCUGAGCAGGCCCAGCGGACACUGCUCUGGUCAGCUCUGGCACGAUCUCGAGCCCUCGUCUACAGCCCCGUGUCCUAUACUGGGGGUUCGGACUUCGGCGCCCAGGCGGGUGGGGGCGCAGUCAGCUCCUCGCAACUGCGCUGGUCCCCAGACAAGCCGCCUCCUCGCAGGCCCUGCCCCCGGCAGUCGCCGCCCGCGGUGGCCGAGGGGCGCCCGGGCCCGCGCUGUGGCACAGGUGCCUUGCGGCUCAUGCUUCCCGCAGGCCGAAUCCCACAGCAGGCUGAAUGCCACCCGGGCGUGCCCUCAGCCAGGCCCCAGGGCGCAAGAGGCCGCUCUGUCAGCCCAGACCGCGCUGACGGAGCCGGGGACCGAGGCCAGCUGACACCACCCACGGCAGCCGCGUCCCCGUCCUGCGGAGCCCAGUCCGGCGCCCAGGGGUCCUCGUCGGUCAUGCAGAAGCGCCCUGGCUCCCGGCUCGCCCGCAACAGUGGCACGGAAAGAGCGCUGACGCCUGAGGCGCCGCCGGGCUGCGGGGCCCUGCUCGCCCGUGUGCCCGGACCAGCGAGGAGCCGCCCCGCGCCUGCCGGCCCAGCACCUCUGGGCAGCUUCCUGCGCGGAGAGGCCCAGACCACCGGCCGGGAGGUGCCAAAUCCUGGACGGAAGCGAGCGGAAGCGCUGCCCGUGACACAGCGCAGCAGCAGCAUCGGCGCCCGAGAGCGCAGGUUCCACGCCAGCGAGCAGGAAAGGAGCCGGGAGAAAGCCCCAGAGCGGAACACGCAGAUCCGGCAGCGGCGACCAGAGAAGCAAGUGAAAGGCCGCAGCGGCGGGGAGCGGCCCCGUCACCGAGAUAGCGGCGGCUCUCUGGAGACGGCGUGA